GCAGUGUUUUUGUACAGGCUGCACUUUGUAAGAAAACAAAUACCUCAGGUGAUUAAGUGGCACAGCUGUAUAACACUUUAGCGCACCCUGCAGAGUGUCCAAACUAGCGAGUUCUCAGCAGGACCACAGAAAUGGCCGCGUGUCCACACAAACACUAGUUGUUGUGUUUGAGGGUCAGGUUUCCUGCUGCCGCUGUGAAACUGGUCCGGGUGCCUGCAUGAGUGGGGGAGUCACAUGGAGCUUAGCUUGGCUCUCUGUGCAUGAUAUGACUCUGGCAGGUGAUAAGCGGCGGCAGAAUUAACACGUGUUAGAGGAGACGUGUGGUUAACCUUGACCAGAUCAGGUGCUGUCCAAGUGGCAGUGGGUUUACAAUUGGGAAUUGGAAAUGACUUUUUUGGAAGAUGGGGGGUCUACAAUAGAAGAUGUACAUAAAUAACAUCUUCACUUUUAUUUUAAUGAUCAUUUACAAGCAUUUUUUGACAUACUGGUGACAUGAGAAAUGCCAGUCAUCUUUCAAAGUGGAUUGUUGUUUAAUAGUUUUUUGUUAUUAUCUGUGACUGUGGCACAGCUGUUUAUUGGCUUUAGUUGCAUGUUUAACUCUUAUGAUCUAAUUAUGUAAAAACCGCCCAUGCACCAGCGUGUGUACUUGUAUAUACUUUAAUACUAUAGUACUUAAAUGCACAUGGACCUUUUUCAAACCUCCAUCACUUAGACAGUACAGUGUUAGUGUAGAAAGUCUCUUAAUUACUGGGUAAAGGACAUUGCAUGUAGUGAAGUCCAAACAGGAUUAUCCUCAGUAUAAGUGUUGUGUAAAUAUAUUUCUAUUUUAUUUUACACAAAAUAGAAAUAUAUCUGAAAAGAAUCUGUGUACAAAGAUUCCACGGGCCCUUACUAACUGUGCUUAAUUUCUCUCCUACAGCAGUACUGCUUUGCCAGUCCUGUCUGCACUCUCUUAAGGGUGCAGCACCUCAUCCUGUGUAGGUUAUGGUGGACAAAGAGAUGCGAUUUCUAUCAGAUUUAGAAAUUUGUUGUGGGGUGGGACAUGGUUUUACCAACUCUCUGUACCCAAAGUUCUAACGUUAAUCAGUGAGUCUUUUUGAAUGUCAAUCUUCUGUGUGUUCAUUUUGAAUUCAUUUUGCUCAUUAUUGAUUACAUUCAACAAACAAAAAACAACCAAAACAAACGCCUAUACAAAUUUCCUCCUUGAAAUGAACUUGUGUGUUAUCCCACAAGGGUACAUUAUCUGAGACAAACCAGCUGAGAUGCACAUUUUACAAUUCUGAUCAGACCUGUAUUACUGUAUGAGGUUUGUGUACAGUGAGUGAUGAGAGCUUCAGAGGUGGUAUGCUGUUUUGUGUGAUUUCAAACCCUUUUCCAAAGUGUUACUAAUGGUAAAGAGAAAUUUUCUAGGCUUCUUUUCUGCUGCUUGAAGUCUGACUGCAGAAGGACCCUUGGCACUGAAAGUGGGGCAAAACGCCUGAUCCCAAGAUGCCUGCCAGGUCAUACAUGGAUGUGAUGAAGGAGCAGCAUCUCUCUAAAGAAGAAAGAGAAAUCAGGCUACAAAUGGCAGAAAAGGCUAAAUCUGGUGACCUGAAAGCAGUCAAUGGCUCUGCUGCAUCUCAAGCUGCCGCCCCUAAACGCAAGCGCCGGUGGGACCAGACAGCUGACCAAACCCCAAACACUACGCCCAAAAAAGUGUCCAGUUGGGAUCAGGCAGAUUCUUCUGCAGAAACGCCUGGGCAUACGCCUGGGCAUACGCCUGGACAUACGCCUGGACAUACGCCUGGACAUACACCUGGACAUACGCCUUCCAACAGUCGCUGGGAUGAAACGCCAGGUCGUCCAAAGGGUAGCGAGACUCCAGGAGCCACCCCAAGCUCACGCAUGUGGGACCCCACACCUAGCCACACACCUGCUGGUGCGGCCACACCCGGUCGAGACACCCCUGGCCACGCCACUCCUGGCCAUGGUGGUGCCUCCUCCAGCGUACGGAAAAACCGCUGGGAUGAGACGCCAAAGACAGAAAGGGAGACUCCUGGUCAUGGCAGCGGCUGGGCCGAGACUCCUCGCACAGACAGAGGUGAUGAGUCCGUGGGGGAGACACCAACCCCUGGAGCAAGCAAAAGAAAGUCACGAUGGGAUGAAACUCCGGCCAGUCAGAUGGGCUCUUCUACACCUCUACUUACCCCUGGAAAAACUCCUAUUGGCACUCCUGCUAUGAAUAUGGCCACACCAACACCAGGUCAUCUGAUGAGUAUGACCCCAGAGCAGCUGCAGGCAUGGCGCUGGGAAAGGGAGAUUGAUGAACGUAACCGUCCACUCGCAGAUGAGGAACUGGAUGCUAUGUUUCCCGAAGGCUACAAGGUAUUGCCUCCACCAGCAGGCUAUGUGCCCAUUCGCACCCCUGCCCGCAAGUUAGCUGCCACCCCAACUCCUAUUGGUGGCAUGACUGGCUUCCAUAUGCAGGUUGAAGACAGAUCCACAAAGCAGAUGAACGACCAGCCCUCAGGAAACCUGCCAUUCCUCAAGCCAGACGACAUUCAGUACUUCGACAAACUUCUUGUGGAGGUGGACGAGUCCACCCUGAGCCCAGAAGAGCAGAAGGAACGUAAGAUCAUGAAGCUGCUCCUGAAGAUCAAAAAUGGCACUCCUCCCAUGAGAAAGGCUGCUCUUAGGCAAAUCACAGACAAAGCCAGGGAAUUUGGUGCUGGGCCUCUGUUCAAUCAGAUUCUUCCAUUGCUCAUGUCUCCAACGCUCGAAGAUCAGGAGCGCCACCUGUUGGUUAAGGUUAUUGACCGCAUUCUAUACAAACUGGACGACUUGGUUCGACCCUAUGUACACAAGAUCCUGGUGGUGAUUGAACCCUUGCUGAUUGAUGAAGAUUACUAUGCUAGAGUGGAGGGAAGAGAAAUUAUCUCCAACUUGGCAAAGGCUGCUGGUUUGGCCACUAUGAUCUCCACAAUGAGGCCUGAUAUUGACAACAUGGACGAGUACGUGAGAAACACUACAGCUCGUGCCUUUGCUGUUGUGGCCUCUGCUUUGGGCAUUCCAUCCCUCCUGCCUUUCCUCAAGGCUGUGUGUAAGAGCAAGAAGUCCUGGCAGGCUCGACACACGGGUAUCAAAAUUGUUCAGCAGAUUGCCAUUCUCAUGGGCUGUGCCAUCCUGCCUCAUCUGCGCAGCUUGGUGGAGAUUAUUGAACAUGGUCUUGUGGAUGAGCAGCAGAAGGUGCGAACUAUCAGUGCUUUGGCUAUUGCUGCUCUUGCUGAGGCGGCCACACCCUAUGGUAUCGAGUCCUUUGACUCUGUGCUCAAACCCCUUUGGAAGGGUAUCAGACAACACAGAGGCAAGGGUCUGGCUGCCUUCUUGAAAGCUAUUGGCUACUUGAUUCCUCUGAUGGAUGCUGAGUAUGCCAAUUACUACACAAGGGAAGUGAUGCUUAUCCUUAUCAGAGAGUUCCAGUCUCCUGAUGAGGAGAUGAAAAAGAUUGUGCUGAAGGUAGUAAAACAGUGCUGUGGCACAGAUGGUGUGGAGGCCAACUACAUCAAAACCGAGAUCCUGCCGCCCUUUUUUAAGCACUUCUGGCAGCACCGUAUGGCCUUGGACAGGCGUAACUACAGACAGCUGGUGGACACUACCGUUGAGCUGGCCAACAAAGUCGGGGCAGCAGAAAUCAUCUCUCGUAUAGUGGACGACUUGAAGGACGAGGCCGAGCAGUACAGAAAAAUGGUCAUGGAGACCAUUGAGAAGAUCAUGGGUAACCUGGGGGCAGCAGACAUUGACCACAAACUGGAGGAGCAGCUUAUUGAUGGCAUCUUGUAUGCCUUCCAAGAACAGACCACUGAGGACUCUGUAAUGCUGAACGGUUUCGGGACAGUCGUGAAUGCUCUGGGGAAGAGAGUUAAACCUUACCUGCCACAGAUCUGUGGUACCGUUUUGUGGCGUUUAAAUAAUAAAUCGGCCAAAGUCCGUCAGCAGGCUGCUGAUCUCAUCUCUCGCACAGCUGUGGUUAUGAAGACUUGUCAAGAGGAAAAGCUAAUGGGUCACUUGGGUGUGGUACUUUAUGAGUACCUGGGAGAGGAGUACCCUGAAGUGCUUGGAAGCAUUCUUGGAGCCCUUAAAGCUAUUGUUAAUGUAAUUGGCAUGCAUAAGAUGACGCCUCCGAUUAAAGACCUGCUUCCUCGAUUGACCCCAAUUCUGAAGAACAGACAUGAGAAAGUGCAAGAAAAUUGCAUUGAUCUGGUGGGCAGAAUUGCUGACAGGGGUGCUGAAUAUGUGUCUGCCAGGGAAUGGAUGCGAAUUUGUUUUGAGCUUCUGGAGUUGCUAAAAGCUCACAAGAAAGCAAUCCGACGAGCCACCGUCAACACGUUUGGCUAUAUUGCCAAGGCUAUUGGGCCUCAUGAUGUACUUGCCACGUUGCUCAACAACUUGAAAGUGCAGGAACGUCAGAACAGAGUGUGUACAACAGUUGCAAUAGCUAUUGUAGCAGAAACAUGUUCUCCCUUUACGGUCCUGCCAGCACUGAUGAACGAGUAUCGUGUACCAGAACUCAACGUUCAGAACGGUGUUCUCAAAUCUCUCUCGUUCUUAUUCGAAUAUAUUGGUGAAAUGGGCAAGGACUACAUCUAUGCUGUUACACCUUUACUCGAAGAUGCUUUAAUGGACAGAGACCUUGUGCACAGGCAGACAGCCAGCGCUGUAGUACAGCACAUGUCCCUGGGUGUGUAUGGGUUCGGCUGCGAGGACUCUCUCAAUCACUUGCUUAACUACGUUUGGCCUAACGUCUUUGAAACCUCACCACACGUUAUUCAAGCUGUAAUGGGAGCCCUUGAGGGUCUUCGUGUGGCUAUUGGACCCUGCCGUAUGCUACAAUAUUGCCUGCAGGGUUUGUUCCACCCUGCAAGGAAAGUACGGGAUGUAUACUGGAAGAUUUAUAAUUCCAUCUACAUUGGCUCACAGGAUGCUCUGAUUGCACAUUAUCCUCUUGUCUACAACGAUGAGAAGAACCCCUAUGUCCGAUAUGAGCUGGACUACUUUCUGUGAAUACAUGUAAACCUUCUCAUCUGUUCUUUACAGUUAUUUCUCUGUCCUUGCAGCUAUGGUCUAUGGGACUUAAUCCAAUUUUAGUUAGAUUGGUUUUCAGCUUCAUGAACCUCAUUUUUUGUGGUUAGAAGAAGCAUUUUAAAUAAAGUACUCACAGUACAAACAGUUAAAAGUCUGACUGGUAAAUAUUUGAAUCUAAUUUUUUUAUAAACGCAUUGCUGUUGACAUUGCUGGUGAAAUGUAGUGGCAGAUUAGCAAAGAACUGGUAAAUCAUUAGCAGGAAAGUCUUGACAAACCUUUUAAAGUUGUGCUUUCUUUGUUCUGACCUGUAAGCUACUCCUUUGUCUCGUCGCUCUUCUUUCAUUGAACGUUGCUUUGUUUGGCUAAAUAAACAUUUGUGUAUUAAAAGCCCAGAA